CCCCACGCAGGCGCGCUGAGGCCAGGGCGUGGUGGGCCGCGUGGCGGGGGGCGUGGCCUUGGCCUAGUGGGCCCAGCCCCGGUGCGCCAUGGGGGCGUGGCCUUGGCGGGGCGGGCAGGACAGGGCAGAGGCGUGGCGGUCCCAGCUGGGCUGGGCAGGGCGGGGCUGCUCUGGGCUUUUGCGUCCGUCUCCCGGAGCGUAGAGAGCAUUGCCCCGCUGGACCGUCGGCGUGUGCGUCUGCCCUGCCCUCGUCUGCUGCCCGCGCUCCUCCGCCGUCAGACCCCGCGACGCUCGCGAUCCACAGCGCCAUGGCUCAGGCUCUCAGAGGCACCGUGAUUGACUUCCCUGGAUUUGAUGACCGGGCUGAUGCAGAAACUCUUCGGAAGGCCAUGAAAGGCCUAGGUACGGAUGAGGAGAGCAUCCUGACCCUGCUGACAUCUCGAAGCAACGCUCAGCGCCAGGAAAUUGCCGAGGCUUUUAAAACUCUGUUUGGCAGGGACCUUCUGGAUGACCUGAAGUCAGAGCUGACUGGAAAGUUUGAGAAGUUAAUUGUGGCACUGAUGAAGCCCUCUCAACUCUAUGAUGCCUAUGAACUGAAGCAUGCUCUUAAGGGAGCUGGGACAGAUGAAAAAGUAUUGACUGAAAUUAUUGCGUCAAGGACACCUGAAGAACUAACAGCCAUAAAACAAGUGUAUGAAGAAGAAUAUGGCUCCAGCCUGGAAGAUGAUGUGGUGGGGGAUACCUCAGGGUACUACCAGAGGAUGUUGGUUGUCCUCCUUCAGGCAAACAGAGACCCUGAUGCUGCAAUUGAUGAAGCUCAAGUUGAAUUGGAUGCUCAGGCCUUGUUCCAGGCUGGAGAGCUGAAGUGGGGAACAGAUGAAGAAAAGUUUAUCACCAUCUUUGGGACACGCAGUGUGUCUCAUUUGAGAAGGGUGUUUGACAAAUACAUGACUAUAUCGGGAUUUCAGAUUGAAGAAACCAUUGACCGGGAGACAUCAGGGAACUUGGAGCAACUGCUCCUGGCUGUUGUGAAAUCCAUUCGGAGCAUACCUGCCUACCUUGCAGAGACCCUCUACUAUGCUAUGAAGGGUGCUGGAACAGAUGAUCACACCCUCAUUAGAGUCAUGGUAUCCAGGAGUGAGAUUGAUCUGUUUAACAUCAGGAAGGAGUUUAGAAAGAACUUCGCCACCUCUCUCUAUUCCAUGAUCAAGAGUGACACAUCUGGGGACUAUAAAAAAGCCCUGCUGCUACUCUGUGGAGGAGAGGAUGAUUAAGGAGCCAUCUGGAGCCCCCUGUGCCUGCCAUUCACCACCAGCUUUCUACUGUACAUGUAGCUGCACUUUGUAUGCCUAAUGUGCUGCCUUAUUUACACUAGCUGAUGACCAAAUGUCAUUAAAGUAGUGGUGCUUCUUUCCAAUCCUCACUGAGGCCUUCCCGCCUGAGUGUUGUGCUGACCUGCACUCAUGUUCCUAAGUCUAAUGUCUGAGUUAUUCAUAUUUUCUAUAAAGAUAUCAAAUUUCUUUUAAAGCUUCAUUUAUAUUGUGUUAAUAACCAUAUUACCUUAACCGGAACCUUAGCCAUGAAGUUGUGAACUCCUGGAAGUGCUGAGCCUGGCUUACUGCUAUAUUAGAUCUGCAGAAUUCUGGUGGUUGUAUUCAAAAGAUUAAUGACAAAUAAACAUCCCCUUCCCCUGAA